AUGAAAGCUAACGUGAGUACCGCUACUGUUAUACAGCUUUGGGUUUCAUUACCAAUACGAUAAUGGGGUUUUUUUUGAUUCAUAAUUUAACGUCCGAUCCGACGCGUCUUGUGUCGAUUGUACGAUCGAAGAUACCAUGUUAUAUUAUUGUUGUAAUGCGUUUUCAUUUCUUUUCUUUUUAUUUUAAUUCUGAGUGUAGCGAAGGUUUACCAAAGAUGUUUAUUUUUUUUUUUUAUAUAUAUACACCGUGUACAAACAUUCUACCAGAAAUCUUGCUUCAAAGUAUCAAGUACAACAGCUUUUCUGAAAGCCAAUUUUCCUUGAGUGGUACUUUGGGGAUGCCACUUUUUGAUUUUCCCAGGAGUUUUCCCAAUAAACGGUAAAACCCGGAAAACCGUAGGAAAAACGGGAAAAUAGGUACAAUAUUUAACAAAAUAUAAAAUGCAUAUUAUAUAAUGUUCACGAAGCAACACUAUUAACCGAACUCCACUCAGAAUCGUUUUUCUUUAGCAAUGGUUAAUCUUUGCGUACAGAUAUACAUUAAAUUUCCCCUCUCCUCUGCCCAACUUCUCACCUAAAAUAGUUACUGUACCCACGUGCGAAAUAUGUCUGUCUUUUCUUUUUAUUUUAUUUUUAAAUUUUUGUCAAACGAGUUUGAAAUGCCGCGGACAAAUUCGACGUAGCAUUUUUAUUUAUUUAUGUUUUGUGUACAUCACUGUUGGAUGUUUAUUCGGCUCCCCUAGAAAUAACAUUAUACCAAAGCUGGGCAAGUUGUCCUAUUUGUUUAACCGCCUUAAGUUAAAUUGUCCAAAAAAAUAAUAAAAAUAAUAAGUAACUAUAAGCUAUAGGUUUAAGUUUAUUUAAAAAUAAAGAUGAAUUUGAUGGUAACCGAGUUAGGUUACAAAUUGUUAGGAAAAUAAUACAUUUUUAGUUAGUCAAGUAAAAGUUUAAUUUUGAUUUACUAUACACUGGUGAAUGCAUUUUGAACUAUUAUAUCUAUGCUUUAUUUAGACUCGUGUGUGUAUCCCACAGUAUAAGUCAAAUACCACUUCUUGCUAUAUAAUAAUGAUAAGUAUUCACGUAAAAAUCUGUAUUUUUUUGAAAAAUAAAUGAAAUUAUGAUAUUAUAAAGGUAAAAAGUUUUUUUUUUCUGAAUAACCUACGUAGAAUUGAACUUUUAACUUUUUAACCAGCUUUGUCCAGCUUUGUAUUAUACGAACAUAAAAUGUACAAUACUCGAAAUGCAAACGUAAACGCAAAGUAUUUAACAACCAUAAGAACUAUUUAAAUAUAACUAAUUGUAUUUAAUUUUUUAAUUAUACGAUGGUUGUCAAAAAUGUAUAAAAAAAAUGCCGAGUUUCGUUUUUCGUAUACGAAAAACGUUUUGGUAUUUUCUCCAGGUUUAACGUUUUCAUGACUAAAAACGGUCACCGAUAUUCAUUACCUAAUAAUAUAAUAAUACAUUUUAAUCCAUUAAUAUGAAAAAUGUAUUGGUUUGAUUAAAUUUCUAGAACUUUUAAAAGUUCAUGUAUUAUGGGUGUACAGGUAUACACUCCUAUCUUGUCAUACCGUCCCUUAAUGGUUUCAAGGACUUAUAAUUUCUAUUUCUGCCCGGUGAUACUUAUCUCGAAACUUUUUUUUACAGUUUACAACAGUUCGCCCCUUAGGGCAUAGGUAUUUAUUUUGGGUUUUUCUUUCUCGAGAUUUAUCUAUUCUGUUAGUAAAAAUGAUCCAAAUUGUUCGCAUUGUAAUACCUUCAAAGAAGCUCUGUUUUUAAUUUGAAAUCGUUUUUUUUUUAUUUUUUUUGGUUGCAAUAAUUUACCGUUGUUUUUAAUAAAUAAAUUAAAUCACUCUGUAUCCUACAUCAGUGACGAAAUAUGUCCGCUUUUUUCACAUAUUUUAAAUAACACUGAAAUUAAAAAUAAAUGUAUAGUUACUAAUUACAUUAUUAACAGUUAUGUUAUUUAUCUAUGAAAAAUGAGAAUAUUUAAUGCAUUUUUAAGCAAUUUUCAUAGGUAAUAUGUAUUAAUAGAGUAUUGAGUCAAGUUUGUUUAUGAACUAUAGAUAGUAAUUAUAAUAAUAAUAUAAUAUUAUAAUUAUAAUUUUAUCAAUAGUGGAAAACGAAUAAAUGGAAUUUAACUGAAAUUAAAAAUUUCCUCCGACGUAACGUAAUAAACGCACUAUUUUAAGUGUACGUAGCUCGUAGAUAUACUUAAAAUUUGAUUAAUUUGAAUAAUUUCGGCCGACUAUUAAAUACCUAUUACAAAAUAAAAACCUACUCCGUGAACUAAACAUUAAAACAAAUCAUAAUGUUUCAUUGGAAUUAUAUAUAAACGUUAAACAACGUUAUAAUAAUUAUCAAUCAUCGGCUUUCGACCUGAAUGCCAUCAUAAUAAACGUAUAAUACAAUAAUUAAUAACUAUAUUGUAACAUAAAAGUAAUUCAAUUUCUUUUAUUUGAAAUUCGCUCGAAACUUGAACGGUUGAAUAGUAAUCAAGUGAUCAUGACGCAUAAUAGGCACAAAACAUUAUGCCUACGUCACAUAAAUCAUAAAUUGGCUAUACGUUUUGAAUCAUAAAAUUAGUAGACAUUCAAUUUAUUAUAUUACGUAAUAAUCUAAUAUCAUGAUUGAAAAAAAAACCAGUGCACAUAUACCUACCUGAAAUAGCGCGUAAUUGCACAUAAUAAUGAACAGCAAAACACAUAACCUUAUAUCGAGUAUUAUAAUUUUGUUAUAGCAUUUCAGUUUAGAAAUAUAUUUAACGAUACAUUAUACCGUUGAAUAUUAAUAAAUAUCGGUUUGGUGGGGGAGGGGGGGUUUGGGAGCAAUUAACAAAUUACUAAAACUAACAGAAUCAAUGGAAAAUUCAAAAAGUACCUACUACAUACUAAUGCAAUAUUAAUCAUGUAAUUUUGAGAGUCGUAAAAAAAAAGUACAUUAGUUGGUAUUUAAACCAUUGAGAUUCUAUUAGAUUUUAAGGUCUAAUCCAAGUAACAACUUUCAAUGAUACAUGUUGAUAAGUUUAAUAUUUAAUUUUUAAUAUUCGUACACAAAUAGUUGAACGUUUAAAAUUUAAUAAGUAUUUACUAUUAAAUAUUUAAAAACGCCGAUUAGUUCCUUGGCGUUUUGUUAACUAAGAUUUAAAAGUAACUUGUGAUCUGAUUUUAUAUUACUAAACGCGUUCCUAACAACACAGACUUUCCCGGGAACUUCUUGUUUCAUACUCAACGCCUGAGAACGGGUUAUGGAAUCGAGUUGAAAAAUGCAUAAAAAAAAUCAAAAUAAACCAAUAAUUCUAUACAAUAAUUGAUUACUAUACGUAAUGCAGGCGAAUAGAUAAACCUCGAGAUUUGAUUAUUUUAUUUAUAGUUGUAAAAAUCAUAUUUUUAUACUUGUAAAAAAAAAAAAAAAUAUUUUAUAUUCUCCCACACGUGUAUAAAAAUAAUAUAUUAUAAUAUAAACUUUCUACACGCGGGUAUAAUCGACUUCCGAUUUGAUUGUAUUCCAAUAAAAUGGUUAAAUUAACAGUCAUAAUUAUUAUAUUCUCCGACUAUCAAUAAAUAAAUAUAUUAUUUACGAUAAUUAUUUGGUCUUCCCUGAGGUCGAAGUAUUAUUACGUGAUGGUAUACGGUACGAGUAUUGGAAGGAAGGAUUAUUGAUUAUCUUGUUAGCAAAAAACCGAAUGACGCAUUUUUGUUAUCAAUACGUAUAAUACAUUAAAAACUAAACAAAAUGCUCCAUUGCAAAGCCGUAGUAUAAGGAAUAAAAAAUAUAAUUUAUGUAUUGAACCGUAUCAAAAUUAGGGUUUAGUUUUUAGAUGAUAAAAAAGACUGAUACUGAUACCUACAUACUGAUACAUUCUGAUGAGUAUGCCACUUUUUUAGGAAGGAAGUUGUAAAGAAUAAUUUAAUUUAGAGCAAUUAUUAAAUUUUUAUUUGUACGCAACAGUAAACCAAUGUUAACGAAAAACGAUUGUGAGCAGAGAAUUAUUAGUUGUAUUUUUUUCGCUUGUUUCCAAGGUAACUCAGAAAUCAAUAAAAAUUGCAUACAAAAUUUCUAGUUUUUCCAUUUAUUAAAAAAACUAAAAGUUAAAUAAAAAAUAACCUCAAUUCACCAAAAAUAUCAAAAAUGCAACAAGAAAGUUUUUGAGACAAAAAAAGUUGAUUAUUUUCACGGAAAAAAAUUACACAUCAUAGUAAAGCCAAAAUAUAUCUCGCUUUACUCGGAAUCUAAAACAAUUUUGGAGACGUUGUAUUAAUACAUAAUGUCUGUUUUUUUUUGUCAGUUAUAAAACAAAAAAACCGAACAUAAUAAUAAUAAUAAUAACAAUAAUAUUUCUUUAUUACGGAAAUAAAUUCCAACUACAAGUUGUUUUUUUUUUCAUAGACAUAUACUUGAUCAGUAAUUUAAAUAUAACAAUAAUAAUAAUAAUAAUUUUAAAAGUAAUUAAACAAAAUAUUGGCAUCAAUAUUAUACAAUAUAUUUAAAUUUAUAAAAGAAAAUAUAAAGUAAAAUAAAACGAUAUGUUCAUUAUAUUUCUAGUAUUAUUUGUUACGUACUUCUUAAGACAUUUGUCAUAAAAACAUUUAAAGAUUUAUUUAUAAAAAAAAAAAUCAAUAUUUGCAAUUGCCUGCAAUUAUUAGUUGGAGAAUUUCGCAUAUAAUUUGAAGUUGAAUGUUUUAUGUAAAAUAAAUUAUAAGAUACAACAGUUUAUUGGAUUGGUUUAAAAUUUAUAUUUUGCAAUAAUUUAGGAUAAUCAAUCACAAUCUUUUGUAAUGUUUUUACAAAUUUUAAUUUAAUUUUCGUGAAACGUUGUUCUAACGAUUAUAUUAAAAAAAAAAAAAAAAAAAAAAAAAAUGGAUUAUAACAUUGUAAUGAGAAUGUGGGGCUCUAUAAAUAAAACACUGAUUGCAUAAAAAUCUGAUAAAAUUAUUUUGAAUUUUGUUUAAAUCUUGAAUUUGUGUUACUAAAUAUAGAUGCCAAAUUAGGAGGGUAAUACUUAACACCGUAGUUAGACCAUUGUUGUAGGUGGGAAGUUGGUAAGGUUAGAAUAUGAAAUAAUUUAGUUUAUACACACUGAUUGAAACGAUGAAAAAUUACAAUAAAAAAAUGAUUCUAAGCGAAUCUCGAUAAACUUUUAAGGUUAUUUUAUUAUUUUAUAAGUAGUGUUUUGUAGGUUUUUAGCUAAAGUCAAGGUAAUACAGAAACACCGAAAAACGUUCGUUACAUAUAGUAGACAAUAAAAAGUAGCUAUGGACAAAUAAAUAAUCUACCAAAAUUUUUUAAGUUAAACAUAAUUUUCUUGUAUUUGAAUAACCUCACAUAAAUUUUGUAUAAAACUAAGGGUGCAGAUUUUUUUUUAUCUCAUUCCUCCUAGAAUAAAAUAUUAAGUAUGUCACUUUCUACAUCAGAUACUACUAAUUUGUUUCCUAACCUAAAACCUUUCGUAAGAUUCCUUUCUCAAACCAUCAUAACAUUAAUAUCAAUAUUAUAAAUAUAUCAAUGAAACGUGACUGCUUUAACAUGUGCUUUAACGCGUAUAUGGACAAGAGAGUUCAGAAGUUCAAAAAUGUGUGUAUUAUGACGAGUAAUUAUGACUGUAAGUACCAAUACUAUUUUGUAACCUGCACGGAAUAGUGAUCGGUGAAAAUACUUUAAUAAUGUCAAUACACACACGAUCAGAAAUAAUUAUUGGUUCGGAUUUUAAAAUAUUAAUAAAAAUAAAAAAAAAAAAACACAAUUACUUUUCCGAUCUAUUUUUAAUGGAAUAAAUAAUAAUUUAAAGUUAAUAUAUAGAUUGCUUAGUAAAACUGCAGUAUAGGUAUACAAUAAAAUCUUCUUGUUAAAUUGUUUUCACUGUUUUUACAGCGAUCACGUUAUUUAAUAUUCUUAAUUUUUGGCAGUUCUGUAACCAGAGAGCACGUGCCCCCCCUCCUCUAACCCUAGCAUAUUUUCUAUUGGUUAUUUAGCUUAUUUUGGUGAAUUUUAUCAUCCUAUACCCGGUCAUAGACUUUUAAAUACGGGUUAAACUCAACGUUAAAUAGUUUGAAAACGUGCAUAGAUUUGAGUAAUAGAAACGAGGUCAAAAUCGGUGCUAAGUCGGUAAACAGAUCACCAUUAAUAAUUAUCAUCGAGGGUUUUUUUUUACCAUUCCUUUUGAUUAUUAAUGUUCCAUAAUAGAUCUAUAUUAAAACAAUAUUUUUAAAAUUAAUAACCCUUGACCAAACCCUGUUUUUCGUUUAAAAAUUUGAUCUUUGAACAAUAUGGAGGAAAAUUGUUGUAUUAACAGUUGUUUCGUGUUGUCGGUACGUCCUCGACGACCGCACAACCAUGUAUUAUACACAUAUCAAUACAGUAAUCUAUUCCAUCUAUAAAUAAAUUAUACGAUCAACGAUUGAAAUAAGCAAUCAGUAACGUCGGUGCAGUGUUUAUUUUGAAUUUUAAAAUACUUUAUACUCUGCAUUUUAUUGUCUAAGUCCGAUAUAUUUUCCGGACAUGCAGUUUAAGAAGUAAUUUACUGUUUUUUUUUUUCGUUUUUGGUCUGAAAAUUCCUUUAUUUUUAACAAACAAAUUAUAGAAACAAUAAUAAUAUGUUAAUUUUAGAAUCGAAUAGAUUACACGCACAUUCUACUUGGUUAUUGGAUUUAAUUAUUUUCUUUGAAGAGUGAAUACUAUAAUGUUAAUUUCGUAAAUGCAAACAAUUCAAUUGAUAAUCUAACUUGAGUACAUAUUUUAAUUUUAUUUGACAUAAAUCGAAAGAUAUAUAGAAGAUACAUACUUAUAUAGAAACAAGCACAAUAAAUGAAAAAAAACUACACAACUGUUAUAUCUAAAGAUCUCAAAUAUUAAAACUAGAUAUGGACCAUACGACAGCGAAAUACGAUUUUGAGCGAAGUAGUUUUUUCCCUCGGGAACCCAGAAAUCAAUCAAAAGCAUAAUAUAAACAAAGAAAAAUAAUGUAUGAAAUAAACUGCUGAACAUGUCGGUAACUUUUUCAAAUAAAAUAGGCGAAAAAUUGUCGGUUUUUUUACAUAACGUCAAUGGAGUUGGGGGCAAAUGUCGAUACACAUUCGCCACUAUGCACAGACCGUAAUUAUUCGGGUGUUGGCUAGUGAACGUUGACCUGUACGAUGGAAACCGAAUGUUGAUCGUUGUUGGCUUCAUCGUGUGAGCGCUAUGCUAUAAACAUGAGCCAACGUUGACAGCAUUACGUUACUCCGGGUCACGAGGUUACAUGAAAAAAUCGAGACAUUUUAAUUAACCGAAAAAGUGUCUUCUGAGGAAAUAAAAUCGCACGUGAUACGUGCGAUUUCUUCGAUGCGCUCAAAGUCUAAAGUAAAUCAUUAUGGACGAAUUCAAGAUACCGUAUACACCCGCGUCGUAAUAUUAUAUUUUAUUUAAUUCCGCCGCGGUCGCGAAUAACAAGUGCGUUUCAAAAUGUAUAAUAAUAAUUCGAGAAUCGCGUCCUUCGCAACAUUUUCCACGUUUAAAAACGACUCGAGACGCGGGAAAGCGUAUUAUCAAUUUUGAACAGUGUACCUAUAUAUUUGGUUUUUCGGGUUUAGUAGUUGUUAUUAUUAUCAUUAUUAUUAUUAUUAUUAUCGGUCGAAAUAAUCGUUAUCGACACAGUCGUUGUGCAGCGCGCGCGCGUGUGGAAAUUCGUUCUUUAUUGGUGCUAUUUGAUCGGCGUUUUGUUUGUUUGUUUGUUUGUUUGUUUUCCUUCUUACAAUAAUUACGCGUUGAGUAAAAACAAAAUCGCGAUUAGUUCGGCUUGUGGACACCUUCAUUGAACCGCGACCCGCGUAUAGUGCGUUCCGGUGACACGGCGGCGGAGAGUUCACCUUCGAUGCACCGCGACUGCUUUACGCGCCAAUCCGACAACUACACGGGGCCUCUUAAACCGAAUCCAAAUUUAAUUAACAUUCGUCGUACACUACGGCAAAUAACAUAAUAUUCAAAUAUAUCUAAUUCUGUAUUUUAUAAGACAAUGUAAGGACGUUCCGUUCAAUGCAAUAGGUAUCGCGUUUACUGCGCAAUAAUCGAUUUAAUCGCAACCCUAUAAUACACGUAUACGUUAAUUAUAAUUAACGAUAUUUAAAUCCGUAAAUCGCAUUUAGGUAUAAUACGAUCGUGUUAUCGUGAUUACUCAAAACAGCAUACUGCAAUUGUAUACUGUGUAUAUGACACGCGCGGGGAAAACGGUUUUACCGACAUUGAAAAAUUGAAAACUAUACAAUUAAUUGUUACUUACCAAUAAUAACCAGUUUUUGUUUUUUCACGCGUCUCUGUCUUUUUCUGAUUAAAAAUCCUUGUUUGCUGCAGCUCUCCAUACCGCCCUGUUCCUUUAUAGAUCCUUGUAUUUUUCCCUAUUCACGUCCUCUGGGAUUUAGGUUAUGUGUUCUACAAUUGAUGUUAUAUGUUGAAAAAUACAUCAGACUUGUUCCACGGAUCCUUUAUUAAUUUUUUUUUUUAAUGAAUUUGUAUGCCUUAAUUCAUGCCCUAUCAUCUUAUCUUUUCUGGAUUUAAUGUAUUUUCAUAUAGUUGCCGAUUUUAUUUUAUUUUGUUUGAGACCUCGUCAUUUAUAAUUUAUUCAGCCCAUACGAUUGAAAAUUCAGCAUUUUUUCGCAUCUCAAAGGCCUCCGUGUUUUACAACCUAAAGUUUUACAGACUAUAGGAUAGAUCUUUCAGAAUUUCUCCCUUACAAGCAGACUAACAUUAUUAGUUAUAAUGGAUAAGUAGAUGGUUUUUGUCUUAAAUCUUGAAAGGUGUAUUUCGCUUCUCCAAUCCUACUGAAUGUAUAUUGGUUUUGCUGACACCAUAUUCUUUUAUAUUACUUUAUUUAUAUAAGUAUACGAAGCAUUGUACUUUUUUUAUCUUCAUAAUGUAAGACUGCACCGACAGAUUUUCACGGAAAACGAUUCUGAGCGGAGUUCAGUUGUACGUGUUUUGAAAGACCGUAAUAUUUACGAUUUCAAAAUAGUACAUAUAUUUUCCCGUUUUUCCUCGGUUUUUUCCCAUUUAUUAUGAAAACCUCUAAGGAAAUAAAAAAAAUAAAAUAACCUGUUUAAAGUACCGCCUUACCUAAUUUUUUUUUAAAAAAAAAAAAAAAAGUUCUACACUUAAACUCGAGAUAAAAUACCUGAUAGAAAAUUUGUCCAUAAAAAAAAUAUUAAUAAAUUAAAUACCAUUUUAAAACCAAUAGAUUUCUCGCUUCGAUUAGAAACAAAAAGACCGGUUCGGGCCUGAGCGUGCAGAAUUCUACCCCGAUGACAUAAAAGCAAAUAAAGUACUUCCUCGUAGUUUAAUAUUAUUAACUUGUACUAUAAUAGUUUAGAGAUUACUCUGGAUACAGUCACGGUCCGGAGUAUGCUUAACAAUUUAUACUAAUCAUCUGUAGCGCAAUAGUCGAGAUGCAAAAUACACAAUCGUAAAAAAUUGUUAUUAUUGACGGAAUUGGCAAAAGUGAAAAAAUGUGAUUUCAUCGAACGCGCAAUUUCAAUCCGUUACGAAUUGUACAUACACGGACUAUUAUCGUGGGCACGAUACUAUGAUAAUGACGUAAUUUAUUUGCGUAUUUUUGUUUCCCUCUAACUGUAAACUAUAAUCUGUACAAGUUUAUGCAAAAUUGAUAUCUUCCUCGGCUGUAAAGACGAUUAUAACACGCGCCUAUACUUAUGUUUAACCGUGCUGCGGCCGAGUACUUGUACCUACAAAGUGAAAUCACGAAAAUCGUUUCCACUUGUUUUCGAGUAUAUACCUGAAGGUACAUCGAAAUUAUGCUUUCACGCUGUAAUUUAAAAAAAAAAAUAAUAAUAAUAAAAAAACGAAAAUUUCGUUUAAAUCGUUCGAGUGUUGUCAGUAACAAUAAUAAUAUAAUAUGCAUGCAUAGCUGAUACACCGCGCCAUAGAACGCCGAUAUCGAAAUAAUCGUUUACAAAACAAAACAUUAUGUUUUUUUGUGUUUCCGAAACGUUGCCCGAUGUAUGAAGUUUAUUGAAAAUAAACAAUAGUUCGUUUUUAACACAUUAUUAUGAUGUCUGUCAUUGGUACGUGUCGUAUUUUCUUAUUUCUUAAAUGUUAUAAUUUCAAUUUUUUUUUUUCAACCAAUUUUAAAUGAUAAUUUUAUCUGCGAAAUAUAUUUAGAUUAAUAAUAAAUGCUAAAAAGAAAUGCUAUUGUAAAUGCUAUUAAGAUGUUUUUUUCUCUUUAUUACACUAUUCUUACUACAUCGACUAGGAGUUAGCACGCCUAACAGUAGUCACUGACAGCCGCCACGUUAUAUUAUGCGGUUCGGCAAUAUCGCCGUGGACCAAUUACGAAUUAAAUUUUUGAAUUAUGUUAACAUAAUAUUUUAGUUAGGUUUCAAUAUUAUUUUAGGCAGAAAAAACUACCCAUACGACAAAAAUAAAUCGUUCAAUUUGAUCGGAUAACUUUUGAGUUAUGGACUAAUAUUAUGAGGGCUACGUCCUGACCACAUCCCUCCCUCUCCCUAAAUUGUUUGUUGUAGCAUAUGCACAUUUUAAGUAUGAUUUAAAAUGUCCCGUAUUUCAAAUAAAUAAAUCUGAGAUCAAUCAUUAGCUACAAAAAGUAAACGACAAAUUGUGGACUCGGUGGAAAUAUUAUAAGCCAACAUGUUUCGUCGUCGAUCGACUGACGUGAUUUUAUCGCUCUAAAAAAUCAUUUAUGGGUUUACACGUCACGAUGACAUUUUCUAUUAUUCGUUGUUGAGUUCGAUACCAGUUUUAGAGCCCAUGCGAAUACAAUUAUCAUGAGUUGACAAUAUUUUUUUUUUUUUUAGGACAUGACAACAUUAUUAUGUUUUGAGAUUUACCUAAAUUGAUAACGAAAUUAGUGCAAAUGAUGCUUGUUAAGAUAAAAAAGUUAUUGUUUAUACAUUAUUAUGAGAGUUGUAUAGUCUCGCGGUAUCGCAAUUUAUUCGUCAUCGUGACAUACAAUUAAUAUUCGAAAAAUCUGCAGUUUAGUACAGUAACAGCAGCUACCGCGGUUGUUAGUUACGAUUAUAAGCGCAGUUAUUCGUAUAUUACAAUAUAUUUUGUUUAAAAUUGCAUAAGUAGUUUUUUUAUUUUUUUUAUAAUAUGCUAACAAAAUGUUGAAUUUGCGUAUAAGAAUAGAAAUUAAAUAUUGUUUUUGUUGAAAAUUAAUAUUUCGACUUAUGUAUACUAAAGUUGACAUUUUUACAAACAUAAUAGUAGAUACACGUACAUUCAUAAAAAUUUCACUUGAAACUACAGUGUGUCAUAACAUAUCCAGUAUUAUUAUAGAUAAGAAUCUAUUAUAAUAUUAUCACGACAACAUCUUCCGUGUGAUUCAACGGCAAGGUAACAGAACAAAAAAAAAAAAACACUUGUAACAUAUUUCAUUAUUAAUUUUUUGUUUUUUGUCUUCUUCGAUAUCAUCAUCGUUGUCGUCAUCGUUGUCCCUUUUCUAGAACCGAAACGAUGCGAAAACGCACAUUUUCGUCGCAUUACCUAACCGCUCUGCACGUUCAAAAGACACCGACACACCGAAUACCAACUAAUUGACGAUGAAUAUUAAUAUUCCUCUCGAACCGGUCUCGUUAAAAGUAUUUCAGUAAUAGUUUAGUUAUAAGCCGACUGUCAAUAAUUGAUUAAUUAAAAAAAAAAGUGAUUGUUUAAGUGGUUGAUAAUCAAAAGUUAAAAAUUAACAUCAACAUAAAUACGAAAAAAAGCUGGAAUAUUAUUACGAUUGUGAUUUAUUAACGCCAGUUGUAGGUGGGUAGUAGGAAAGGUCGGAUCUAUUAUAGGUCAUAGGAUGAUGGAGUUUAUCCAAUGAAAACAACGAUAUAUCAUCAUAAACUAAAAACUAUUCUGAAAAGAUUAGUUUUUCCUUUGGUGUUAAUCUAGCAAUCACCAAAGUCAAAAAACUAAAAAAAGACUUAUAUAAAAGUGACCUGUUGAAAAUUAGAAGAAUAUUCAUAGAAAAUUGCAUUCAAAUUUGUACACAUCGAGAGAUCAAAUUGCAUUAAAAUAUGAUAUGUUUUUUCUGUCUAUAAAAACGUUAUAGAUCAGAAGACACUGCAAUCAUUUACUUCUGGAGUGGUAGCAAACUUUGUAGACAAAGUUGGUCUCAAAAAUUUGAAUCGAGUUUCAUCACAAGUGUGGUAAUAAAAUGAAAAGCCAAACGUGAGUUUUCGUAAUUUUGCCUUUGAACGUUUUAAGUUUUAAAUUUAUGAUAAAAUUGAUUAAAACACAAUUUAUCAGAAAAAAAAAAUGUGUAACUGAAACCUGCUCAGUUGUACCUAUACACCGUACCUUUUCUAUUUUUCGUCUGCAACUACAGUGGCUUGCGUAUCACCUAUAACACUGUCCUGUACUCAUCAAGUACGAGGAGUGUACAGCGAUAAUCUAAAAAACAACGGAAAAUCGUAAUAGAAUUUUCUUGUAUACUCGUAACUACAAUACUGAAGAUACCUACUAGGAAAAAUAACUUAAUUCAUUAGAAACACAGUACGUUGGCGCUUAUGAAUAAUAAUUAUUGUAUUAUAUUCGCUAUUAUAAUGACGACAAGGAACACUUACCUACCUAAUUUAACAAACGUUCAUUGUUCAAUAUUCCGAAUCGACAAAAAUAAAUAGGUAAUAUAAUAAUAUGUACGCAAUUCGCGCCAACUAUCACAUUACGCUUAGUUUUAGGUUUAAUAUUUACGAGCGUCUUUAAGGAUUACAAUAGUAAUAAUAUUAUAACGAGCAACGACUAAUAAAGUAUACCUACUUAUAUCAGCCAAUCAUAAUACAAACUUAUUAUUAUACUUUUCCGAAUUAUAACCAUGCGGAUUAUUUCAGAUUUCUCCGGGUAAAAUAUGAUGAAUAAUAUUUUAAUAUACGGAAGAUCUAUUUCGAUUCAUACAUAUAGGACACUUGUUUAUAUUAUACACUCCGUUUGUAUUUCGCCAAACACAAUAUUAAAUUAAUAACAUUCACAACUUUCUCUUCGACUAAGGUAACACGAUAAUAAUAUUCACAGCGUAGGACAUACUGUUGUUCAGUUGUUGGAGACACAGACUGUUGGAAAGGAAGAGGACAGAUUGGUUUAUAGAAUCAAAAAACGAUUCUGAGUGGAGCUCGGUAAACUGCAGAGUGCAGAUAUAGGUUAAAUCGGGUAUUGGUAUUUUUAUUCCAGUAAUCCAGCAGAAUUCGAAAAAAAAAAAAUCCGAUAUAGACGAUAUAUCCGAUUUGUUGUUAGUUUUUUUUCAAAAAUAUAUAUUUUAAAAUAUUAACUGCCGAGAAUCUAGAAAAAUGUUUCCACUAAAGUACAACCGGGUUAAAAAUGUGUUUUAUUGUGAAAUUAAUAAAAAAAUAAUAGUGUAAAUAAUAGUAAUCACACUAACUGUAGUAGUUUUCUUUUCCGUAACAUCAAGGUAACCCUUGAAUAAACAAAAAUAAAUAAAAAAGCAAUUAGAUACCAAAUAUACCUUAAAACCCCUAUUUCAACCCCACAAGGAUUGAAUUUUCAAAAAUCCUUUUUUAGCGGAUACCUACGUCACAAUAGCUAUCUGUAUACUAAAUUUCAGCCCGAUCCGUCUAGUGGUUUGGGCUAGGCGAUGAUGAAUCAUUCAGUCAGGACAUGUUACGAGUAUGUAUAGAUUUCGAAACAAAAUGUUGAUGUUACUGGGGUUUUUUGAAUUGUACGAUAAUUUAAAUUGUUUACGUCGCCACUAGUUAAUAGUAUCAAUCGAUUCACCUAUAUUUACAUGAAAAAUAAUAUUUUGUAAAUUUCAUCAAAAAUUAUGAACUUAAUGACUUAUCAAACACAUGUAGCACCAAAAUUUCGUUUCUUAAAAAUGUACAAAAUGGCCAUCUUGAAUUUUGUAAAAAAAAAAUCGUUUUAAAUUUAAAUGUUUAGUUUUGAAAAAAAAAAAUUAAAAUAGAGUAUAGAAUAAUCAUGGCACAGAGAUUUCGUAAUUAUUACAAAGAAAAACAAAAUAACUUAAAAACAUAAUUGCGUUUGUCGGAUUUCCAUGGGACAUCCUGUAUAUCCUGUGGCCUUGUAAGUGUUUACGAAGCCACGGGGGUUUAUUUUUAAUUUUUAAUAACAAUACUUGUAAUAUUCGGAUCGUUCGAUACUUCUAGAGCACGUCAUGUUACGUCACGUAUUUAUUUAUCGCGCGGCUCAUCAAAUUUACUACACAGGGGGUUUAUCCAGCCGGUUAUUUUUACCUACGGAGAUUUUAAAUAAGUUAUAUGAUUUCGGUUCUUUAGUUCAGUCGUAUAAUAUUAUAAUAGAAUAAUUUGUACAUGUAUGAAGAGCCGAAAAUGAUACUCUAAAAAAGGGUAUAACCGAACAAAACGCAUAAAAAAAUCAAAGUGACAUCGAGGUAGACCUCAUACGAGAUAGAUAGAUUCUGUGGAGGAUGAUAUCCAUCGUACAGUGGACAUGAACGCGUCAGUCAAUAGAGAAUUGUGCGUAGCAGCUCGGGUUUUACAAAAACUGUUAAGCUGGAAAAGAAUGAGGACAAUGUUAUGUAAAAACAAUCUUUGUAUGGCAUUUUUCACUUAUAUAUUCUACUUUAUUCGCAAUCUUUUUUUUUUUUGUAUAUAUAUAUAAAACGGUUACUUCAGACCGUAUACUUUAUAGCUCGGGCAGAAGAUCAAAUGGUUGUGCGUUUUAGUUCGUUUAUUAGACCAUGCACUACAGUAAUAUAAUGCAGCGCUUUCACUGAGAUUAAAAAUAUGAAAAUUUGAAAGAGUUAUAAUAUUAUGGUGCAAGAAAAAAAAAAUAUUAAUUUAAAAAAUAUAUAUACAUAUUGCACCGUACCUGCGCAUGUGUUAUACAUUGAAAUGAUUAUUAUAUUUUCGUAAGACGUAGAAUUGUAUAUAAAGACUAAUUAUAAUAAUAAUAAAAAAAACCAGUGCGCACCCACCGUCCGAGUUUGGUAUAUACCUGCACAAAACUCAUUGACACAAAUAGGAGGAAUUUAUUGCUUCCUUCAAAUUCAAUAAAUACCCUCGAAAUCUGUCAAGUAAUUGGUAUAAUAACAAUAAUAAUAAUAAUAAUAACAAUUGAAUCAACUAGAUAGGCUUUUAAAUCGUAAUUUAUACAAUAUAAUUUGAAAUAAUUGAUAAAAUAUGCAAUAAAUACUAUGUUAAUAUUAACUUAGUAUUGUUAAUAGUAAUGUUAAUAUUAACUUUACUUAAAAAACUAAUCAGGUAUAAGGUUUGAUGUAUCAAACACACAACUUUUAUGAAAUCUAGAUGCGUAUCAAAUCUAGUAAACUUUUACUAACUACUUUUGGCACCUAGUUUUAUGACGGGUAGAAUGAUCAAAAUUGUCUUUUUUUUUUAUCUAGAUACAAAAUUCUUGAUUAUUUAUCUUUGUCUAUGGAUUAUUAAUAUAAAUUGUUAUGUAUCUGUUAUCUACGUCCAGAUAACUAUUUUAGUAAUCAUCUCUUAUCUAGAUAAUUUUAAAUUUGUCUUUAGACAACAUUGCGUGCAGCCAAAAAAAAUCGAAUAUUUAUGCACUAUUACGAGAGAUUAAUUAAAUACGACGUUCGUGUAAACGUCUAUGUAGACGUUUCAACGCACUCAAAAUUACAUUACAAAUGUUGUUAAGAAAAACCGAGUAAAAAUCGUAUAAUCACUUGUAAUUGGAUUACGGAUAAAUUAUGUCGACGUUAUUAUGUUUAACGUUUAUGCAACAAAAAUUCUGGACGGUAAUAAUAUUGAUAGAACGCGGCACAACGCACUUCUAUACGCGCGGAAAUUAACAAAAAAUAUUUUGAUAAUAAAUAAUUGGUCGUUAAAAGCACGAAUCAUACGUAUUUAUUCAAGAAGUAUAAAUCGAUUGUAGGUACAAAUACAUUUCGGCGUAAAUCAAAUUUUAAACAAUCACCAGGAAGUAUUAUAAUAUACUAUUCUUCCAUGGGAUAUUUCAAUAAUCACGCAACAACGAUUACUUUAUUGUUGUAAUUAUAAUUUUUUUAUUGUACAGAAAUCUACUGAAGGAUUACACUUUAUUUAACAUAAAUUUAUUAUAAAUAUUAAACGAUGGAUUUUUCGUAUUAAAAUGUCCUCUCCGAUAUGAGAUUAUCUGAUUUACAUAGGCGGAUACCUACAAGUGUGUUUACUGGAUUCACGGCGGGGUGAGGCGCAAAAAUUAAAUGUGAAAAUGACCACAUCGCGUGCUGUGUUACGUAAACCCUUUUUAUUACCGGGUAUAGCAAGCAAACAUACUUGAAGGUAUUCCCGUUUAAUAACAUCAUAACGUAGUGUUAAUUAUUUCGAUGAUAAUGUUCCUGUACGAUAUAUUAUUAUCAUUGUGAAAUGUUUAGACACUAUCACGCGGACGAUCGUUAAAUACCGUGUGAAUAGACAAUUUUUUUAAUUUUUAUUUUUUUCUGUUUUGUAAUCUUAUAUUAAAAAAAAAAAAAAAUAAUAAUAAUAAUAAUAAAAAUAAAAUACGCGUGCGUUAUUAAAACGCAAUUUCGUAUACAAUGCGAAAUGUUUUAGCCGCGUCGUCGUCGUAUAAAUACUGCUUGAAUCGUGAAGGGGUGGUGCAGGGGGACGAAGUUCCUCUAAUGUAUGUUUCUAUUUUUCCAGCGUCUUCUUUAACUUAUUAUUUCUAUUGAAUGGUACGUAUCUUUUCGCAAAUAAUUAUAUUUUCAAAAAACAUGUAUUGUCAACCCAGAUACGUUUUCGAUAUUAUUAAUUAUGUAUAUUUUUUUUAGAAUUUGUAUUAUAAUAUAUUAAUAUUAAGUUCUAAAAACAAUCAGAUAUUGUACCAUCGUUAAGCCUUAAAUUGUCAUCGCUAUUAAACCUUUUGUACUAUAAUUUUUCCCAGAGUAAUAACAAAGUAGGCAAUUUGAUUAAAAUAAAAACGCCAUAAUUUUAUUCUGAAAAUAAUUAAAAUAUUAAGAAAAUUAAUUGACACAGGGUACCGGAUAUUUUCACAAAAAAUAAUAAUAAUAAAAAAAAUUCUUGAUAUUAUUAACGUACCAUAAAUUGAUACAAAUUAUUUUCGUUCUAUAAAACAUUUCAUUUUAAUAAUAUUUUGAGUAAUAAUAAACGAGUUACAGAUAAUAUCAAAUUUUUACACAAAUUAAUAUUGUUGAACUAUAUACAAAACAUGACAUAUAAAAAACUUCAAAACUGCAUUUGUUUUUUUUGUUUUUUACAGAAAUCAGCUUUUGUCAUGAUUAUAUCAAAUGCGUAUAGCAUAUAGAAAGGUGCAAAAAUAAUUUACGUAACGUGAAAAUAAUAACGCUUUAUGAACAGACAAUAAUGCCCCACGUGUAUUCGCCAUCUGAUUAUAUUGCACUUGGUCAAUUAUCGUUUACAGUGAAAACACGAAAAACGGUGUAUCACAAUAUUAUACUAUUAUAUAGGUAUUAUAUUUCCCACGGGACAGACGGUGUGAUAUGUCUCGGAUACUCUCUAAAUAUUAUAGAAUUUUGAACGGUUAUGACAACGUUAAGUAGGCAUAUAUUAUAUACAAGGUGAUUUGUUCCUUUUUUUUUUUUUUGGUUAUUUCGUGAUCGCCUAUAAUACGACGAUUUUGAGUGAAAUUGAUUUUUCGUUUUUCGCCUAUCUUACAGGUGUAUACGAAAUGUUAAGCAUUUUAGCCUUAUUUCGUGCCACACAUUAUAUUAUUUUCAACUUUUGAAUUUCAAAAAGUCUCUCUCCAUUUGCAAGCCUUAUAUGUAAAAAUCGUUAGAAAAUGUAUUAUCCCUAUCCCUACUCAUCUGAUCUAAAUUUCAAGUAUUUGAACGCUUAUAAAUCGUGUAUGAUAUGUUGGAUUAGGCUAAAAUCACCAUACUGUUUUGAACAUUUUACCACUUCUAGAAAAAACCAAUAUAAAUAUUCUGUAAAUUGCAAAUAUCUAUGAUUAUUUUUAACCGAAUCACUACAAAAAACAAAAUAGAAAAUUAUGAAAUUUUAUUGUCGUAGAUUUGUCAGUUUUCCUACACCUGUUAGGCUCAGGUUUUCCCAAUUAUAAUGAAAAAUAUUUGAAAAAUUAAAAAAACGAAUUUUUUAAACAUUAAUUAGGUAGACAAAACAGUUUUUCAGCAAAUAUGCUACUCUUAAAACGCGAAGCAAGAUUUUUGGUAGAAAACGAAAACCGUAAAGAUUAAAAAAUAAUAAUAUGUUAAUACAGUAAAUAUAUGUUGUUUUUCCUAUAUGCAAAUCACAUGGACCUUCGAAAUGCACCAACCUAUAGAUAAUAGAACCGAAAUGCAACAAAAAAACUCUGUAGUCAUUUUUCGAUUGGCGAAGUUUUCCGAUUGAAAAGUUGUUCAAAGACAAAAAAAAAAAACAUAGAAAAUAGAACACAUCUUAAUAUACUCAAAAUCUAAAACAGAAAUCGAAUUCACUGGACAUACUCCGCAAAAUCCGAUGGAUCGUGAUAAAAAAAAAAAAAAAAUACCAUACACAUAAGACAAUUUUUUUUUUUUUUACGAAUAAAAGCUAUUAUUAAUAUUAAUAUAUUGUCGAAUGUAUAAUGACAUUCUUGAUAACAGCAUUAUAGGUAAUACGUGGGCCAAGAAGGUGAGAACCAAAUGCAACUUUUUCAGGAGAAGCGAAUAAUAAUUUAUUUUUGAAAUUAAUUUACAUUUCUAUUUAAUUGGUUAACGAAAAACUAUGUUAACUUUGCUUUAAGAGUUUAUUAAAAAAAAAAAAAAUAAUAAUAAUAAUCAUUUUUCGGUUGAUACAUUCCUCUGAAUUUAAACCGACGCAUACCGAACACGUUUCCGGUAAUACAAAUAAUAACAAAUAAUAUACCUACGUGUGGCAACAACACGCCAACGCAAUCAAACUGUAGUUGUGUAUUAUCGAUUUUCGUCUGUUUUGUAACAUCCUACCUACUUGUUUUUUCUCCGUUCAAUCAUCGCCUUACAAAUUAUUAUUGGCAAUAUCGUUAUUGUUACUGCAUAUUAUCGUUUAUAAUAUUUAUUUCAUAAUGUUAUGAUAAUAUUCGGCGUGUACGAGUCAUGACCAUCACGACCGACGAGUGCACUCAACCGUCAUAAAUAUAGAGUAGGUAUCGGAGAAAUCAAAACUAAACAUCGUAUUUUUCACGGCGAUCCUAGCAUAAUAACAAUACAUGUAUCGAACGUUUGUUGGUUUAAGGCAUACACGGCAGCCAAAUAGGUCUACAAAUAUAUACAGGGUGAUUUUUUUUUUCUCAAGAACCAAUGACGUACUUACCGUUUACGUAUAGAUUCUGAGUACAUUUGAUUUUGGUUUUUCAGUCAUUACCUAUAUUAUAUAUUUAUAACAAUAGUAUGUAACUGAGCGUCGCGUUUAACGAGCACAUUUUUAACAUUUCUAAAAUUAUUCCGCAUAUCGUAAGCUGUAUCGACUUUUUCUUUUCGAAUGAAAAUGUUUUUUUCUAACAAUUAUUUUUGUACGCAUAACACUAAAACGUCGGAUAUUAUACUAAUAUAACCAUGGGCGCGGGCAGGAAAUUUAUCAGGGGGGGGGCAUAAUAAAAUCAAACACCAAAAAAUACUUAAAAUAAAACAAUAUUGAUUAAUUAUUAAAUUUAUAUUUGAAAUUUUGAAGUCCAAGGGACAGAUGUCCCGUCUUGCCCCCACCCCUACGGGCGUCCGUGAAUAUAACGUUUAUAUACGAGUUUAAAAUUUAGACCGGAUAGUAGCCGGAACCCCGACGUAUAGUGCAUUUUAUACCCUAACGGUGCAAACAUCUUUGAAUAUCUUUUGAUUAUAUCUCUGGUCCUAGGGAAGAAAGGCUUAAGUUAAUUUUGUAUAAUUUGUGUACAUAUAUUUAUGUAUUUAAAACAAAAAAUAGAGGGGGAGGGGAAAUGACACAAGAUAAAAUUAUAAAUCAAAGUGGCAAUAUUUUUAGUCUUUCUUUACUGAAAACAAAUAUAUUAUUUAGAAACGGUAAUCCGAUGUUAUCAAAAUGUUUCGAUAAGUAUUUUGUGAUGGUAUCUUUCCGAAUCGGAGUUCAAAUAUACGCUACAGAAUACUAUAUUUUAUAUAUAUUUGAAAAUCAAUAAGUUGACAUAGUAUAUACUUUUAUGAUGGGCAUAAUGAAACAAUAAUAUACGCGGUGUGAUAAGAAUAGUCUAAAGAGACGAGUGAUGGUCACAAAUCCAAAUAGAACACCACGCUCCAGAGGAAGACUGCGACAACGAUGGCUGGAUCGUGGCAAACAGAUAUUUGAAUCUGGUGAAUGAAAUAGUGAAAAUAAAAGUUUCCGUGUAUCAUUUGUGUGACGGUACGGCGCGCGGAGUUUUAAUAAUGCACCGUACGUAGUGCAUCUCUUCCAAUUUACACUUAAAAGUGGAAUAUCUCGUCAACGACUUUAUAGAAAUCAAAAAUUUUAGCACUCAAAUUUAUUUUAACCAAUACUCCAUCUAUUUACGGACAUAUUAAUAUAGGUUGCUGUUUGAAAAUCAAAAGUCGGUAGUGGUUUUACCCCUAAAAAUUAAGGUGACAAAAAUAACAUACAAUAUAACAAAUAUACAUUUGUAAAGUUGCUUGUUUCUUAAACAAUAUAGAAAACAAAUUCCGUAAAAAUGUUUAUACUUUCCGAGAUACUGAGUGUACCCACUUAAAUGGAUCAUCCGGUAUAUACCUCGCACGUAUUUAAACCCGUAUUUCGGACAUCACGUAAAUAUUAUAGUUACAAAAAUAUCAUUAACUACACUACAGACGAAACGUUUUCACCACUCCACAGUUUGUAUGUGCUGCGCAAUUCUCACAAUGCCAUGUUAUACGAUACCUAUUUAAAUAUGUAUUACCGGUGUAACGAUAUUAUUUGCUACGGAGCAUUGUAAUUUGAACGGUUUCUCGUUUGUAGCAAUAAAUAACUGGCCUAUAUCGUCGUCGCCGCGAUAUAUAUUUUAAUAUGUUAUACUGGAGUCUCUCCUCCCGUCCCUCAUCCCUGUAAAAUUGUAUUAUUUUUCUAUGUAAGUACAUCAAACGAAACGAGUUACCCUACUCGGUUUGUGAUUUCGUAUUGCCGGAAAUCAUAUUUAUCGGUUGAAUUUAAAUUAUAAUAUUAUUCACCUAGAUAUUAGUCGCUGCUAUUUUCAAGGCUGGACAUUAUAAUGAAUCAAUAAGAUCAAAAAUCAAGUUUGUUUUUAACUUUUAAAUUUUGAUUUUGAAUAUUAUCGCGUUAAUUUGAUUUAAACUUCGUAUGAUUUAAACACAACAUUAAAUUUACGAUCUAUACACGCUAUUUGAUUAAAUACCGUAUUACCAUUGGUAAUAUUAUGGUAUUUCAAUGAAGCGUUCUGUGGAGGAAUAUAUUUUCGGGAUCCGCAUACGUAUAAAAUUGCUUAUAUAGCUCCUUCACUUCUAGGAGGAUUUUUUUGAUAACGUGUUAUCCUUGUUCUCUACUAUCUUAUUAGAAGGAGUUAUAUAGGCAAUUUCGUAUACAGAUCCGGAAAAUGUAUUUCUCCAAAGAAUGUCUCGUGUAUUUAAUGGUACGAUUGUAAAUACUUUAUCUAUAAAAACGCUUAAUAGGUGAUUUUAAUUUUAAGGAGAUAUUCCAGUGACGUCGUGUCGUGCCGUGUGCCUUUUGUCGUAUUCGUAAACUCGGUAUAUUGAGGUAAUAUUGAGUAAUCAAAACUAACCGGGAAAUUUUAUCGAGUUGGGUUAAUUUCAACUUUUCUCUUGUUUGAGUUACAGUGCGGUUAGUUAAUUCUUUUGAUUUUAUCGUCCUUUAUUCUGUGGACGUGACACGAGUACACGACACACGACGUCACUGGGAUAUUGCAUUUAUACAUUUAGACGGUUUAAUAUGACGGUUUACAAGUGAGCCGACCUUUUCUUUUCGAUGAUUAAAUGAGAAAAACACUGAGACCAUAGUUGUUUUCUCUCACAGCUCAGUCACAUGUCAGCCUAUCUCUCUUGAUCCGUUCGCCUCCGGUACUCGGUACUAAUACUGCGUACAUAGAUUUAAAAAUCUUUCCGUGUUUAUCUGUUAUAUUAUUUAUAAUUAACCACCAUGCACGGAUGGUAAAUCAAUGAUUUUCACGGGAUGGCGGGGAACAAAAACACGAAAUAUAUCUUUAUUUCUACCCAGAUUAUCCUUUUUGCUCAUCAGAUGUCGUAUGGUUUUCUCGCAACGCAAAGGGUGUAUAGCGAAGGCGUAGUCCACUAUAGUUAAUUAUAGGUCAUGAUGUCAACCCAUUGUGAUGUGCCACACACUAUAGGUACAUGAUCCACCUUAUUAUCGCAAUUUCUUUCCGUUAAAAUAAUAAUAAUAUUAUGUUCGUCUCCUUUCUCCGUGGCGCGUGUGUCUAAUACACAUGGCCGCCGACCGACACAAUAAAAAUCGUAUUUUAUCGUCAACGCGUUUUAACAGGGCACACCAGUAUUUUACACUGUUAUUAUGAAGCAAUUAAUGCGCGCGUGCGGGGUAAAGAUACGUCACACAUAAUAUUAUUAGUAUCCUCCGACGAAUCUUUUAAUAUUAAUAUUAUAUUAUAAAAUCGUAUUCGUUUCAUCAGCGUAAUAAUACAGUUAAUAUGAUUUCAUCGCGUUUUUCGGGAGUUUCUAUUAUUAUUUAUUACCGCCAACUAUUUUAUAUUAUUUGUUUUUAAAUAACACACACACAUAUACAUAUAUACACACUUAUAAACGCGUGGUUACGGGGUGUACAUAAUGCAGUGUAGUCGCACACCCUGAGAGUCGUGUCUAGGUUCUUAAAUUGGAAAUAUAAUGUAAUUUCAAUAUAAUUAUAAACAAAAACUGAAAACGUGUAAUACCUAUAUUAAUAUUGUUCUCUGUGUGUGAUAUUAGUGAUAUCACUCGUAUAUUGUAUUAUCAUUUAUCGUUGUUAAAUGAAUAUAAAAGGCUUAAAUACUUUUAGUAAAAGCACUUGGGGUGCUACCAAUAGUGCAUACCUGUCUACAAAAAUUAUCAAAAUAAUAUGAUAGUUCCCCGAAUUUAUUUGUAGUAUGCUUUCGACUUUUGUGGCCAUAAAAGUUCUUAACUGGCAGCUACUCCUAUGAAAGGAAAUUUCCUAAAUUAAAUAUUGUAAAAACAAAAUUCAGGAUUCAUAUUACACAAUAAAGACUUGAUUCAAUAUGCUCGUGAUAUUUGUGGAACGACAUCUGGUAACUUAAAUUAACUUUGAUGAAGCUAUCGAAGUAUAAUUUGAACCAAACAUUAAAUCUUAGACAUUAGACUUUUAGACUGUUUAGAGUUAUAAAAUAUAAAACACAAUUAUAUUAUUACAGUUAGUUGUUUUUUUUUUAAAAGGAAUUUUAUAGGUGUUGGAUGAGUAUGACAUUAUUUUUUGCACCUCCUACAGACGGAACUACAACGGUUUGAAAAUAAUUCUAUACAUUUACUGUGUAUAAUUGACAUAAUUUGGGCUUUGAAUCUUGGAAUAGAGGAUGGACAAUUUUUGAAGACUGAUGGGAUGGAUUUAUUAGUUAAGACUUAUUUUCAGCAGAAUUUAAUGUUUACGAAAAAAAGGUCAUCGCCAGUAUAAUAUUGUCAUGUAUUUAAAGAAGACAACUAAAAGAUAAUUGAUAAAUAGAAUUAUAGAUAUUAAUGACAAACAGAAUUAUACGAUUUAUAAUAACGGAUUCGCUUUUCGUGGAUUUAAAACCAAAUUUGUAUUUUAAUUUUUAUAAAUUUUUUUGUACAAUUUCGAUUUUAUUUAACAAUUAUUUUGGGCACAUAAUUUUAAUUAGGUAUCCUAAUUUGUAAUAUCAUAAAUAUACCUCUGGCAUCGUAUUUCGCAAGUAUGUUUUGAUUCUCUUUAAAGCGGAGAAAAUGCGUUCGAACGUAGUAGUAAUGUACCUACGUAUAAUGGUUUUAAACAAAUGCACCGAUAUUAGUCUUAGUUGUGUAUUGUAAAAACAAUGAGAAAAAAAAGACAAGGAGGGGACAAUUUUACACCAUGAUCCUUCGCCUCCAAGAUGCUGUGUAUUUAAAAUAUUAUUUUAAUAACACGGUUUUUAAUUAUGUGUUUACAGAUCAGAAUACAUUUUAUUAUCACGAUAUUCAUUUGGCUCGUGUCAUGGACGGCUUCCAUUGAAAUUCCUCACAGUUAUCUCGAAAAUCCGAGCAAGUAAGAAACGUCGUAAUACAAUAUAAUACUUAUACCUAUUAUACCUAAUAAUUUAUUACAGAAAUACUGCAAUAAAGAGGAUUUUGUUUUAUUUCAUCAAAUAGAAAUAGUAAUAAAAUCAAAAACUAUAAAAUAAUAAGGUGUGGGAUAAAGUAAAUAUUAGAGUUGGACGAGUUUUGAUUUUUUUUCAAAUCGAGGCGAGUCGAAUUAAGUAUCAAUUAAUUUCGAGUUCAAAAGUCAAGUAUUCGAAUUAACGAUUAUUGAAAAAAAAUUUGUUGAAUCGAAUCGAGUCGAGUAGAACUUGAUCAAAAAACUUGUCAAAGCCGAGUACUCGACAAACUUUAUUAAAUACAAAUACGGUGUAGGUAUUGAACUUGAGAGGAUAUCAGCAUCGGAUAUGGGCACGAUUUUAACGAAGUUUUUAAAAAUUCGAAAAUUCACUUUUAAAUAAAUUUAAUUGUUCAUGUGACGUGUUUAUUGUGUAAUAAUUUAUAAUCAGGUUUGUUGAAAAAAACGUAUAUGUAAAACAACAAAAAAAAAAAAAAUAUAAAUUAAAAAGAUUAGGUAAUCUUUUUACCUUCAUUUAAAAGUAAAUUAUUUGUUACGAAAAUUAAAUACGGCAACACAUUAUCUAUAGGGUUUGACAGAUAAAAUGUCAGUUUUUUUCUCGCUCGAGACGGUGUAUACAAGGUGAUCCAUUUAAUUGGGUUCACUCAUUAUCUCCGAAAGUAUUUACUUUUAUUGGAAUAUGUAUAAUACAACGUUUAAGAAAGAAGCAACUUUACGAUUUUACAUUUAUGUUAUUUUUUGUCACCCUUAUUUUUGGCGAUAAAAUAAUACUUAUGUACUUAUGAUUUUCAAAUGGAAACCUGUAUUUAAAAAUCCAUAGUAGGCAUUGGUUUACUCCCAAAAAUAAGGGUGACAAAAAAUAACAAAUGUAAAAUUGUAGAGCUGCUUGUUUCUUAAAUUAAUUAUUAUAUUAAACAAAGCCCAAAAAGAGUUAAUACAUUCCCAAAUAAUGAGUGUACCUACCUAAAUGGAUCUCCUUGUACAUAAUAUAUAUCUAUUAUAAUAGAUAUUCAAGAUUAAAAAUCCGUUUUUUUUUUCGUUUUAAGGCUAUCCGCAACUUACACCGUGUCUCUUUUUUAUACCUUUUCCAGAGGUCCUCCGGCCUUUUCACAAUUUAAAAAAAAAAAAAAAAAAAAUUCGUAUAAUUUAUACUGAUAUGUCAAGGGAUUGCCCUUGAUAAUAUUGGUUUUUUAUCAUAUAAUAUUCUAUAGGCUGUUUUACGUUAAACUAUUUCAAAAUAAACAGAUUUCUCUACACAAGGUUUAUGUUCUAAAACGGUUGCGCUGACAUCCUCUUAACAUCAGGAACAAAUAAAAACGUUAUUUUCGUUUACUGAUUGAAGUUGUUUCGACAUUAUAAAAUUAUUACUAUUAUUUAUUUAUUCUGUAAUUGUAAUCGGUACUUGUAUUUCCUUUUUUUUUUUUUUUUUAAAAAAAAAAUUGGAAUUUUGCUACCUAUUCUAAAUAACAUUUAAAUAUUUAUUUUUUAUUGAAAAUGUCAACAAUUCGAUAAUCAUUUAUUUUUCUAAUUCGAUUAUAAUAGGACGGUAUAUUAAAACAUUGUAUCGGCGAUUUACUUACAUUUUUUUUAAUCGUACACGUUACAAAUAUGUUCCUUAUCAAUCGACAUCAAAUCGAAACAAAAACGAUAAAGCGAUGUGUAAUAAUAUCCACGCGGUGGAUAUCCUACGAGGUAUUGUUCGUGGUUAUAAAGGUAUCUGCAAAAGUAUGUCUAAAUCGCCAUUUAACGCCGUCAUAAGACCGUCUACGGCGACUUUUACCGUAAAUAUUGUUCGGCAAUUCGUCAACUGCGUCUGCGAAACAGGUUAGCUAUACAAUAAACGUCGAUUUGAAUGUUUGUUUUGUUUGUGUUUUGUCUUUUUUUUUUGUUUUUUUUUUUUUAACCGUCACACGUAACAAACAAGUUUUCAAACGAGCGAAUGAUUUAACAUAAUAAUACAUUUUGUUUGUGCGCAUUAAUUUGCUUGAAUGUAAUGUGAAUAUUAUAAUGUACCUCGCUUGGGAUUUUCGUUUUUUUUUUUUUUUUUUUUUUUCAUGUUCAACUAUUUUCUAAUAAAUUAUUACUUAUUAUUAUUAUUAUUACCGUAUUCGCGCCGUUGCGCAUUUCGUACGGAAUCAUUCGACCGUGCAGUGGUUAUUAUUAUUCUCCUCUACUGUUUAGCCGAUUUUUAUUCGAAAUUUGUGAGAAAAAGAUACAAAUGUUGCACCCACUUGCCUAGUAUACGUUGUGUAUAGUUCGAAUAAAAACGACAGGGAAAAUGAACCGAGGUAAACGAGUCAAAAACUUAACUUUGAACUUGUGUUCUUCGAUUUUCAUUAACCCGAGUUAUUUUUUUUUUUUUGCUUUACAUUAACUUAUACAAAUAAAAGUAUAGUUCCCGAAAUAAACCCCCUCAAUCCUCCCCUGUUUGUUAAACGGAAACCAACCAAAAAAAAAUUAAUUAUGAUAUCAAUGAGCUUAUGAGCAGGGCAUGGGACAUAUAGCAUUUAAAAUUCACCAAAAAUCACAUGAAAACGUCAAAAAAAACCUGAGAAAAAGCACUUAACUCAAAUAUUAUUAGAACUAAUGGUAGAAAGGUUUAGAUGUCCUCCUUCUAACGGUUUUAAUUUAUUAAAUACGAUUUUCUAACGCUAUACCGAUUAUUUAUACUAAGUUAUUUUUUUUUAUAAAACGUAUUAUUUCAUUUAAAUAAAAUACAUUUUUGAUAAUAAUUUAUGUUGAGGUAGAAAAUUAUAUUUAAUAAUUUAGAGUCGUUAAACAGCGGACAUUUAAACCUUCUACCAUUUGGUCUGAUAAUAUUUUCUUGAAGUGUUUUUUUUUUCUAGGUUUUUUGAUAUUUUAAAUGUUUUUUUUGUGAAUUUUAAAGUGCUAUAAGUCCCGAACUCUGCUUAUGAGCGAUAAAAAAAAUUUAUUGAGUUCCCAAUACGCAUUUGUUAAACGAAAAUAUUUUACACCAUUAUCAUCUACAAAAAUAUUUACGUACAAUUUACCGAAACAUUUUUUUUACGUUAAAAUUAUCAUCUCUAAUUGUGCACCCACUGGCAACUUGGAAUGCAUAUUUUUCAGAUUAUUUCAGUUUCUGAGCAUCGCGCGUCACGAAGAAUGUGUCGAUUUCACUGUGAAGUGUUUUUUUUUUUUAUAUAAAAAAAAUAAUAGUUUUUCCAGUCUUUGAACAGUUUUUCCACCAAAAAUAUUGUACCGACUCAACUAGAGUGGUUUCUGUGAAUUUGUUCGUGGAGUUUUUUUUUUUUUUCUAGGGGGUUCCGUAGAAGGGAUGUAUACACGUUAACGGACAAUGCUCGCUCGGCCCCAAUUCCGACCGAUUAGUCAUGCGGCUGGCGGUUAGCGGUCGGAAAACCCAGUCGGUUUAUCUAGGAUUUUCAGAUCGUCGCAAUAAUUAUCCCACUCGUUGGUCGUAAUGAAAUUGCAUUUUGUGAAUUACAAUAUUAUGAUAUAAGUAGUAAAAUUAAAUUAUCCGAGGUCAACAAGUUUACGAAUCAACGUUAUUAUAAUAUCAUGUACCUGCAACUCACUUGUUUAUCACCGUGUAAUUUUUACUGUUCGCACACUAUAUUAUUGCAUUGUGUUGUACGUAACUGUUGCUAAAAAAAUGUAUAUGUAUAAAAUAUAUCCGCGUGUGUUGCUUGCGAAAAAAAUAUCCCGUGUGCGCUUUCCAGAAUUAUUAUAAAAUAUUCACUGCAAUCGGUCGCGGCAAUCCACUAAAUAAUAAUUAUAACUCGAUGUGGAUGCGGUUAAACUUGCCAAAAACAGAAACUCAUACAUCAUGAAAUAUGAUUACAAUAGUAUUUACACGAUAAUCAGUAUGAAGUUUACAGGACGAAAUCGAUUUUGGAACAUUUUCAUCUACAAAUUAUAAUUAUAGUCAUAUUAGUUCCAGUAUUCCACGGAUACGAAUUGGGGUGGACCGCCCUCCUAUGACCAUCGUACCAUUUUUUUCUAUUCAUAUUCGAUUUGAUCCAUCUAUAAGGUCAAAGAAAAAAAAAAAAAAAUGAAAAACCGAAUCGUAUAAAUACUAGUAUUUCAAAGAAUAUUUUAAUUUAAUAUUUUGGACUCAGUAACCGCUGAAAAACAAAACGGGAAAUCAAUUGAAACUUAACUUAACCUAUCCCUCGGUUACUAAAGACUGGUUUCGUGCCCUUUAUUACAAUACUGUAUAACAAUACAAAAUACUUACUUCCGAUUCAGCUACAACUGCUACACGGGAUUCAGCAUUUCGAUUGGGGGCGAGGGGGAUAUGUGUAAGGGAAGUUCUCAUAGUAAUAUUAUAUCUGAAUAUCGUACGAUUAUCGUGUACAAUUUUUAUUUUUCUGAAGCCGGUGCGUGCAGGAGUCUGACAAGUUUCAUCGCACAGCGACCGACUGCAAUUAUUGCGCAUAAUGUAUUUCGUAUAUCACUCGACGGCAGAACAACACGGUAAUAUUGUAAUCGGUGUACACAUUUUGUUUUUCAGGAUAUGCCCUCCGGACUCGAGUUGCAAACACGUGCAACCGGAAUCGCCUGUGGCACGGUGGAUAGGUUACAGCGUUAAAUACAAACAAUGGCGGAACUGCAUGUGCGACCACGAUUGCCAGACGUACGGCGACUGUUGCACCGACUAUCCGUAUUUCGACCCGGUCAAACAGCAGAGGGCCGCGGCCCAGCACGUUUGCGUGGAGAUCGACUCGGCGGCGGCGGAGACGUCGGCGGCGACGGAAUCGAUGGCCGAUGCCUCCAACGGCGCCCAGGCGUUGGCCAAGUGCCCGGCAACGUGGUCGGAUCGGUGGAUCCAGGACGCGUGCGAAACGCCGCCCCGUGUCGGCAAAGCGUACGGCAUGAUCGACAACCCGGUGACCAGCCGGCUGACCGGCCGGGUAUACCGGAACCGGUUUUGCGCGGUAUGCAACGGCGACGCGGCGGACACGGUCCUUAGCGCCACCAAGAUCGUUUGCGACGAUCUGAUCGACGUGGAUUCCGAGCUGGAACACUCGAAAGUGCUGGACACGCUUCGGUACAACGAUACCACCGGACGGUGGGCAGUCCAGUACGCCAACUACACGUACGAUUGCGCGAUCAAGACUGUGUUGCCCGCGAUCUCGGCGAUUCGGCCCUGUAUUACGGGCACGGUGGGCACGUGUCACCCGAAAUGGCCCAAAGACGACAACAUCCGGUCUGACUGCGAAGCGUACACUACGGUGGUGUACAAAGGCAUCGAAACGUACAAGAACCCCCAUUGCGCCAUGUGCAACCACGUGGCCGUGCAGAACCUGACGUGCAAAGGCUUAUUGGAUCUGAGAGCGGCACCUCACUUAUUCAGCUUCUCGGCGCUCUUUAUCGUCCAACCGGACGCGCGCAAGUGCCGCGGACGUUCCGACAAGUUUUUCGACCCUUUCAGCAAAACGUGCCAACCACUGGUGCCCGUCAGUGACGGCGUGCCGCUCAACUGUUCCGCGAUGGCCGUGUACGUGACCGUGCCGACUGCCAACUGGCAGCCGCCCGACACCGUUGAUUACGUGAUGCUGAAUAACGGCUCGAUGGCCGUGUGCGAGAACGCCACGUCGUCCAUCGUCGCCAACAUUACCGACAAAUCGGUACAGUCGGACGCGUCCGAAGCGUUCCACUCGGCUCUGGUCACGUACGUUGGCCUGGGAGUGUCCGCGGUGUUCCUGAUCGUCCAUUUGGCCGUGUUUGCCGCCCUACCCAGCCUGAGGAAUCUGUCCGGUAAGAACUUGGCUUCGUUUUGCGUGUCACUCAUCGGUUCGUACGCCGCGUUCGUGGCGGGCAACUUGUGGCCCGCGGGUCCCGGGAGCGGUUGCUACGCCAUCGCCGCACUGACGUACUAUUCGUUUCUCACGUCGUUCGCGUGGAUGUUGAUUAUGAGCUUCGACUGUUGGCGCACCCUUCGCUUGGCCACCAGCGAGUUGCGCAUCACAACGGGCCGGCAGACGAAAAAGUUUCUCGUGUACUCGGCCGUGUGCUGGCUGGUUCCGGCCAUGAUGACGGUGGUCGCAGUGACCGUGGACACGGUGCCCGCGGCCGCCGCCGCCGUUAUCGGUGCCGACGUGCGGCCCGAGUUCGGCACCGACGAUCACUGUUGGUUCGGCAACACGGACGCACUGCUCGUGUUCUUCGUGAGCCCGCUGUGCGCCGUCAUGGCCGUCAACUUUAUGCUGUUCGUCUGGACCGCGUACAUGAUCCACUCGAGCCGCGCCACCGUCCGGCACGUCAACACGCGGCACGUCCGCCGCAAUUUCCGCAUGUACUGCCGGCUGGCCGUGCUCAUGGGCCUGACCUGGAGCACCGGCAUCGCGGCCCGGUUCACCGACAGCAAAUACUUGUGGAUACUGUUCGUGGCACUCAACACGUUCCAGGGCCUGUUCGUGUUCGCGGCGUUCACGUGCCGCCGGCGGAUACUCGACUCGCUGUUGGGUGGCGGCCACCGCGACGGCGGCCACGUCAACCACCUCCAUUCGCUGCAGGGCUCCGAGAAGGGCAUCAUCAACGACAAAAACCAACGGGUCGCGAUCCCGUCGUUUUCCUGGUCGUCCAGCGACCACAGCGCCGCCGGUCCCGUCAGCUCGGAGAAAACGUCGGACACGCUUUAUUGA